GGACGCGGCGCGGCCUGGGGGCGGUGGGAGGCCGCAUGGCGGGCGGCGGGGCGGCGGGCGAGCUGCGGGGUCUCUACCGCUGGCUGGACGCCGUGCCGCUCUCCCGGCCACGCAGGAACAUCGCCCGAGACUUCAGCGACGGGGUGCUGGCAGCCGAGGUGGUGAAGUUCUUCUUUCCCGCCAUGGUGCAGCUGCACAGCUAUGUGCCCGCCAGCUCCACGCCGCAGAAACUCGCCAACUGGGGUCAUCUCAACAGGAAAGUGCUGAGUAAGCUGAACUUCUCCAUCCCAGAGGACGUGAUCCGGCAGGUCGUGCAGUGCCGGCCGGGCACGGUGGAGCAGGUGCUGCUCCUGCUGCGGCAGAAGAUCGAGGAGAAGCAGAAGCAGAGCAAGGAGCCGGGCGUACAGGCGGCGCUGGAAGAGGUCGGCUACCUGGAGUCUCCCAGGGCUGCCGGGGUGAUGAAGAGCCACCAUGGCUGUGCCCAGGCUCCCCCGGGGGACGACGCUGUCUGCCUGCAGCUGGCGGAGAGGGAGCAGGCCCUGCUCCUGGCACAGGAGACCAUCCAGAUCCUGCAGCUGAAGGUGGGGAGGCUGGAGCAGCUGCUGCACCUCAAGAACGUGCGGAUAGACGACCUCAGCCGGCGCCUGCAGGAAGCCCAGUGCCAGCAGCGGUGAGCGGACCCUCGCCCGCCCGGCAGCCCCUCGCCUGGGGUUGCCCCUCACCGCCUGCUCCACCUCUCCCACCCGUGGGAGCUCCUCUGAGCUGGAAGAGCCGUCCCAGUACCUCCCGGUUGCCUCAGUUCCCGGGGCUGACUCUCAAGGACAAAAGCCAGAGCUGGGAAAUGCUGAUGCAGAAGCAGGGACCCUGCGCCCACCUUGGGGACCCCCCAGGCCCACCAGCGGGCGGCAGCAGCGUCGCUACGGCACAGGCUCCGCUCAGCCCUCCAGCCAGCACCCGUCGGUGGCAGCGGUUCCUCCUGCCUUUGCCUUGCGCGUUGGUAAUUGAAAAGCCGGGUCAUCGCUCAGAGACCUCCCUGCAAGGCUGCGUCGCUGCGGGGGUCCCGCCUGCCCCAGCCUGGGGACAUUUAUUUCCCAGGGUGGUCGGCAGUGUGGGGACGGCACUUGGCUGCCCGGGCCGGGAAGACGUGCGCUGGUGGCGGCUGGGAUUUAAUCCCUUUGCCAAAGCUGUUUGUUUUUGUAAUCUCCGAGAAAAUCCGUGCCUCGGCGCACAGACCUGCUCGUGGGGUGUCUGGGCAGCGGUCGUGGGGCUCGGCCUGGCACUGCCGUGCACCGACCGCGUGGGCAGCCCGGCCGUGGGGGGGCUCUGGGCAUGACCUUCGCUGCACCAGGGUCACCUGUAGCCUUUUCAGGGUAAAAACCAGCUGGUUUUUUUCCAACUCGUGGGUGUGCAGUGUGUCCCUGCGGGGGGGGCAAGCCAGGCCCUGUGCGCCCCUUCCCGUGGGGCUGA